AUGCACAUGAGCAGGGGGGAGGCCUGUCAGCUCUCGCAUAUCGGCCUCGCUUUUGUGUCGGUCGUCCUGGACAUGUGACACGAGAAGCAUCGACAUGCUACAUCUCGUCAGCCGUGUCUUUGACAUUCCAUAGUGCACCUCGAUCACCUUUCAAGAAAAACUUUGUCAGCCAGCGCCUACGCUCUUGGACAUCAUGCCCACAAAGGGUGAUCAUCCAUGCAAUGGAAAGGAGGACAAAUGUAAAUCGAACACUGUGAAGUCUGAACAAAUGCCCAGUUCUACAAGCCCUAAACACUGCAAAACGGCCUCGGCACCGUUAUUGUGCCCUGUCUGCAACAAAGCUUUUGGUCGAAAAUAUCACCUGGUGAGGCACCUGCAAAAUGCAGUUUGUUCUGUAGAACAGAAGCUUUCUUUACCAUGUCCUACAUGUGGCAAAGUAUUUUCCUCGAAGGCGAAACUCGACUACCACAUUACUGUCCAUGGCACAACAUCAGAAAGUUGCAAAACGUCUCCCCUCAAGCAGUUUGAGUGCCACCAGUGUGGUCGUUUCCUGUGGUCACAGUCUCAGCUGAAGAUUCACCAACGAACCCACACCGGGGAGCGACCGUUCACCUGCACCGAGUGUUCCAAGACGUUUGUCUCCCUGGGUGCUCUGAACAAGCACAAGCUUUCUCACUCGGAGGAAAAGCCCUUCGUAUGCCCCCACUGCCCGGCCAGAUUUUCCUUAAAAGGAACGCUCAACAGGCACAUUCCCACGCACACAGGCAUUCGUGCUCACAAGUGUCCCCACUGCCCCAAGGAUUUCAUCCAGGCUGUGGCACUCCAAGCCCACCUUGUUACUCACACAGGCAGCAACGGUUUUCCCUGCCGCGUAUGCGGCCACAUGUUCUCCCGCAAGGCCCGCAUGAAAGAGCACGUGCUGUGCGUUCACGAGGGCCUGCGCAAGUUUAAAUGCGACUUAUGCGCCAAGUUGUUCUCUCGCAAGGAUGAUCUCGCCACUCACCAGGAGCACAGGCAUGGCCUUGUCAGCAAGCCUCUAGGCGGUCUAAACCCGGCAUGGAGCAGCUUGACACUCAUGACGAUGGGCUCUGGCAGUUUGUCACCUCCCGGGGCUUUCGUUCAAGAUGCAUUCUUAAAAGACUCUGUGAUAACUCAUCAGUCAGUGCCAGAUAUGUCACCUGGCUCCUACAGUGCGGCUGCUCAUGUGGAGACAAAAAAGCUUAAGCAUGAUGUUGUAGGUGACAAACGUACCACACAUGAUCCAUUCCACCAAACUCACACUAAUGACGGCCAUCUACACGGUAAAACAUUGUAUGUUAAGCCGUCAGGUAUGAAUGAAAAUUGUGAGAAUAGUAAUCCUGUUGCUCUUCCAGAUAAAAUUUUCCAUAACGAUGGUCUAAGAGAAGCCCUCCACUCUCAAGAGCAAUGCAAUAAUGCUUGCACUGUAGGCAACCAAAGCAUGGAUAUGAAACAUUCAUGUACAUCUAACGUUUCUGCAAGCUCUAAUCGAAACAAUGUUUACCUUAAAAGUGAGCACUCAUUACAGGAGUCGGAGGAAAAUUGCGAUAGCCUUAAAAACCGCAUAGAGGAGUUUCUCUGCUUCCUCAUUGAAAAACCAAUACUCAAGAGGCUUGGGUGGCCCAGUGCACAUUUAAGUGACUUGUUGGAGGCUGUGAUCCGUCACUGUGGCUGCAGCCCAUCCGAGUCUGAGUUUGACUCUCUUGCCGAUAAGCUCAGAGAAAACUGCAAGGUACUGUUUACAAAAGUACUUGAAGAUGAUGUUGCUGGGAAGCUUCUUGAUGACGAUGAGUCUGUAGAUGUUGUACUUGAUAAGGUUCUAGAGCUAGCCAGGCUGAGCUAAUGUGUAUGUCUGACAAUGCUUUGUAAUGUGGUUGAUAUCUUUUCUGACACCCCCAAAAAACAUGGAAGACUAGGAUAGUUCCAACAAAUGGUGAAAUUAAGGAGCCCUUUGGUUAUGGUUGCUUUUCGUUCAUUAAACAAUUAGGAACCUUACAGGGGAGAGUGUUUGCCACAAAUGAGCAUAAAUAAUCACUAGGAGGCAAGUUUCCUUCUUUUCAGUGUUAAUUUUGAUGUCACUUUGUCAUUGUGCAUAGUAUGCAACAGGCAAGACCGCUGUGGCCGUGUUGAUAGUUCGAAUUGCAGUUAAUCUGUUAUCAAUACUAUGUUGCUAAUAGAGGAGUUGUAUGAAUGUCAAGGAUAUGAUUAUUGAAUGUAAUUCGUGUGGAAGAUAUGUACAAAGCUUGAUGGGAAUAUGUCAGAAGAGCAUUGAAAAAGAUAGUCAAUUCAGGGUUUAUUUGUUUGUUGCAGUUCAGUUUUCUGAACCUGUUUUUGGAGUGGAAAUCGUUUUUGGUGUUGACCUUCGUUUAAUGAUGUUCUACGUGUUUGUGGUAGACAUACAAGCGUGCACUUCCAUAUUUAGUGAAUGGAGCUUUAAGCAACAACAGUAUUGUGGGGUUUCAGUUUAGUAGCAUUCCCUUCACAUUCCUUGUCUACUUCUAAUUGUGUGAAAGAUUGAGUACCUUGAGACCUGAUAUCAGGUCACUGAAGUGCACAGAUCCUUUUUGAAGAUCACUGCUUAUAGCAUGCCUAUAGCAUUUCAAUGCUGCGGCUUAAUUAAUGCAGUACUUAUAAUUAUUUGAAUCCAGAUACGGGCAUCUGUAACUUACUUUGAUAUGUAGAUCAUGUACUAAGCUGGGGCUCUGGAAGUGUAUUUGGCAGUGCGGGGGGGGCAAGAGCUGGGAUUCGUUCUGCCUACACUAACUUUUUUGUCACUGUGAAACAAGGGCCUAAUUUACUAUAGUAGAGGGGUAGCCAACCCUUAGGACUAUGGGGGCGGUGCCCCCUUGCGGUAAAACCUGUCUGCCCCUCCCCCCACCUAUCCUGACCCCGUUUCUGGAGCCCCUGUGUUCAGAUCCUCACCAGAACAUUAACUGGAUCUCGACUUGGUAUAUUGCUCAAAAAAUGUCCUGUCCUGUGCUCUUACCAGGAGUUCAUUCCAAGUGCAUCUCAAACACUUUGAUGUGUGCAUAGCUACCAUUCUAACGCAGGCUAUUUACAAGGCUGUGUUAUGCUCAUUCCUUUUUUUUCAUUCUGUGAACAUCUGUCAUGCAAAAGAAGUCCAGGUCGUGAACAUGCAUUGCCUUUGUCUGAAAUUCCAGUAGUCGUUCUGCUCUGUGCAAAGUGUCAUAACUUAAACACUUUCAGGGAAAUGUCAGUGCUGUAACUUUGUCAAUCGUAGAACCCUUCUUUUGAAGUGUAUGAAGGGGCAUCGAACACAUGUAUGUGUAAAUGGCCUAUCUGUGCGAGAAUCUUGCUGAUGUUUCUGGUAGGUUUUUAUUUUUCAGUGGUUUAUUUGAUGUACUAUGUUCUAAUUCAUGUAAUCCAAUGGCCAAUACUAUUUCACCUGAAAACUAAUUCUCAUGCCAGCUUUAUUAAGUGUUUAGCUGGCAAUAUGAGAAUUUAAUGUUUCUUAAAUGUGAACUACCUCACUUGUGUGCGUCUAAUAGGCCGGGUGUGGUAACAUGGUUGCCAUGUGGCCAGAAUUAGUCAAGAUGUAAACAGGAGGUGUGAAGAGCUAUCUUUAACUAGGUUCAUUCACUGUAAUUCAGUGAAAGCAUUUCUAUCACUAUUGAAAGUUUGUGAAAAGCAGAUGAGCUAAAAUUUUGAAGAAAAAAAGAAAACAUGUUUGUUGGCAUUUGUGUGCAAUGGAAUCCAGGAGACUUAACCAGAUAAUAUGAAUAGUAGGGGAAACUACUCAAUUUUUCUUGUGUUGAUGGUUACUUAAAACAUAAUUGAUGAAUGAAAAUUGCACCAUCAUGAUGAAAGUUAUACCAUCAUGGUAUUGCACUCAGGCAUCCUCUAUGUUUACUUGGCAUUAUUUGUGCCAUUUAUUGUGAGAAAAAUAGUAUGUCUGUCAAAAAGCUGUGAAGCAUUGAGUGUGCCAUUAUAGCCCCUUUGUAAUUUGCAUGUGCAUUAUGUAUUGAGAGGUGCAAAUUCAAUGCAUUUAAUAUGAAGGCUUGUUUGACCCGGUAAGACCCGGUAAUAAUUGUGGCAUUACUUGUUUGAGAGUACGUUGAGAUGAGCUUUGUGCAUAAUUGCUGUGAUAUGGAUGAUCAAAUUGUAGUUCUCGAAAUAAACCAUUUUCUCCCAUUGA